AUGGGGAUGGUGGUAAAAACUGCAUGCAGUGUCCUGGUCUGGGUGACCUGUCUGCUCCUGACAUUCCCUGCCACAGUCACUGGGUCCAAAGUCACUCAGCCUGAAGUAGACACCCCCCUGGGUCGUGUGCGAGGCCGGCAGGUGAGUGUGAAGGAUACAGACCGCCUUGUGAAUGUCUUCCUGAGUAUCCCGUUUGCUCAAGCACCACUGGGGCCUCUCCGGUUUGCAGCCCCACACCCAGUAGAGCCAUGGGAGGGUGUGCGGGAUGCCAGAAUGAAUCCCCCCAUGUGCCUGCAGGACGUGGAGAGAAUGAAUCAUGGCAGAUUUACACUCAAUGGAAAACAUCAGAUCUUCCUUACUUCUGAGGACUGCUUGUUCCUUAACAUCUACAGCCCAGCUGAGGCCACCGCAGGGGCACAGAAGCCGGUCAUGGUAUGGAUCCAUGGAGGCGCUAUGAAGGUUGGUUCUGCCACCUCCCAGGAUGGAUCAGCCCUGGCUGCCUAUGGGGAUGUAGUAGUGGUCACAGUUCAGUAUCGCCUCGGGACUCUUGGCUCCUUCAGUACUGGGGACAAGUUUAUUCCUGGCAACCAGGGUUUCAUAGAUGUGAUGGCUGCUCUACGCUGGGUGCAGGGGAACAUUGCCUCCUUCGGGGGUGAUCCCAACUGCGUCACCAUCUUUGGAGGGUCUGCUGGUGGCGUCAUCGUCUCUUCAUUGGUCCUGUCUCCGAUGGCUUCAGGGCUGUUCCACAGAGCCAUAUCCCAGAGUGGGGUCAUCACCAUCCCAGGGAUACUGGAAUCUAACCCAUGGCCCAAAGUUCAGAGCUUUGCAGACUCCCUGGCCUGCAGUUCCGACUCCCCGGCUGAGCUGGUACAGUGUCUUCGGCAGAAGGACGGAGAGGAGCUAAUCCGUACCAAGAUGGGGGAUACAAUGACCAACACCUAUACCAUCGAUGGUUCCUUCUUUCCCAAACAUCCCCAGCAAUUACUAAUGGAGAGACAAUUCCACCCCGUGCCCUUCCUCCUGGGUGUCAACAAUCACGAGUUCAGCUGGCUCCUUCCCAAAGCCUGGGGUCUUUGGGAUAAGAUGAAAGACAUGAGCAAGGAGGACAUGCUGGUCAUCAUGAAACCCUUCUUAUCCAGUCUGGACGUGCCCCCUGAGAUGAUGUCCACUGUCAUAGAUGAAUAUCUAGACAGUGGCUCAGAUGCACAAGCCAGAUGCCACGCCUUUCAGGAAGUGAUGGGUGAUAUCUUAUUCAACAUUGCCACCUUGAAUUUCUCAAGAAACCUUAAAGAGGCUGGGGCCCCUGUCUUUUUCUAUGAGUUCCAGCAUACACCCAGUUGUUUUGCGAAGAUCAAGCCAGCCUGGGUGAAGGCCGACCACGGGGCUGAGAGUUCUUUCAUAUUCGGGGGUCCUUUCCUCAUGGAUGAGAGCUCCCUCCUGGCCUUUCCGGAAGCCACAGAGGAGGAGAAGCAGCUGAGCCUCACCAUGAUAGCCCAGUGGACCCACUUUGCCCGGACAGGGAACCCCAAUGGCAAAGGACUGCCUCCUUGGCCCCAAUUUGACCAGCUGGAGCAAUACCUGGAAAUUAACCUGGUACCACAGAUCAAACAGAAGCCAAAGGCAGCCCGGAUGCAAUUCUGGACAGAGACACUCCCCAGCAAGAUCCAACAGUGGCACCAACAGCAGAAGAGCAGAAAGGCCACAGAAGAGCUCUGA